UGUUAGUUAUGCUUUAUUUUGCGCACAACUGACGCGGGCAAAUCGUCUCUGAUUCAUCCCUCCCACUCUCCCUCAUGGCGACGGCGGCGGUUGCCGAGUCCCGGAAGCUCCCUCGGCCUGGCCGAGGCGGCGUCGUGUCCCACGGACUCAGCGACGAAGAAGCCCGCGUUCGAGCCAUAGCCGAGAUUGUCAACAACAUGGUCGACCUCUCCCACCGUGGCGAGAACGUCGACCUAAACGCCCUGAAGUCCGCCGCCUGCCGGAAGUACGGCCUCUCCCGGGCCCCCAAGCUCGUCGAGAUGAUCGCCGCCCUCCCCGAUUCCGAGCGCGAGUCUCUGCUCCCCAAGCUCCGAGCCAAGCCCGUCCGCACAGCCUCGGGCAUCGCUGUCGUGGCCGUGAUGUCGAAGCCCCACCGUUGCCCCCACAUCGCCACCACUGGCAACAUAUGUGUGUACUGCCCCGGUGGCCCUGAUUCGGAUUUUGAGUACAGUACGCAGUCUUACACUGGAUACGAGCCCACCAGCAUGCGCGCAAUUCGUGCUAGAUAUAACCCAUAUGUUCAAGCUAGAAGCAGGAUAGAUCAGCUCAAACGAUUGGGCCAUAGUGUGGAUAAGGUUGAAUUCAUCUUGAUGGGAGGAACGUUUAUGUCACUGCCAUCAGAUUACCGCGAUUACUUUAUAAGAAAUCUUCAUGAUGCUUUAUCAGGACAUACUUCUGCUAAUGUUGAGGAGGCAGUUUCCUACUCCGAGCAUGGUGCUAUAAAGUGUAUCGGGAUGACUAUUGAAACGAGGCCAGAUUAUUGCCUUGGACCUCAUUUACGGCAGAUGCUUUCUUAUGGCUGUACACGGCUGGAGAUUGGAGUCCAGAGCACUUAUGAGGAUGUGGCCCGUGACACCAAUAGAGGCCACACAGUAGCUGCUGUGGCUGAUUGCUUUUGCUUGGCCAAGGAUGCUGGCUUUAAGGUUGUUGCUCAUAUGAUGCCUGAUCUUCCAAAUGUCGGGGUUGAAAGGGACUUAGAAAGUUUCAAGGAAUUCUUUGAAAGUCCUUCAUUUAGGGCUGAUGGGCUUAAAAUUUAUCCCACACUUGUUAUUCGUGGGACUGGUCUCUAUGAGCUUUGGAAAACUGGCAGGUAUAGAAAUUACCCACCUGAGCAGCUUGUGGACAUUGUAGCAAGGAUCCUAGCCAUGGUUCCCCCCUGGACACGUGUAUAUAGAGUUCAACGUGAUAUACCUAUGCCUCUAGUUACCUCUGGAGUGGAGAAAGGAAAUCUUCGGGAGCUAGCUUUAGCUCGGAUGGAUGACCUGGGCUUGAAAUGCCGAGAUGUUAGAACACGUGAAGCUGGAAUCCAGGAUAUUCACCACAAAAUAAAGCCAGAGGAAGUAGAGCUUGUUCGGCGUGAUUAUACUGCAAAUGAGGGCUGGGAAACUUUUCUUUCAUAUGAAGAUACACGCCAGGACAUUCUUGUUGGGCUACUGCGCUUAAGAAAAUGUGGCCGGAAUGUAACCUGCCCUGAACUUGUUGGCAAGUGUUCAAUUGUUCGUGAACUCCAUGUCUAUGGCACUGCAGUUCCAGUUCAUGGGCGGGAUGCAGAUAAGCUGCAACACCAGGGAUAUGGCACACUUCUGAUGGAGGAAGCUGAGCGGAUUGCUCGCCGGGAGCAUAGGUCAAGGAAGAUGGCUGUUAUUUCAGGUGUAGGAACCCGCCAUUACUAUAGGAAGUUGGGAUAUGAGCUCGAAGGUCCGUACAUGGUAAAAUACCUGGUGUAGCAGAAGACUUGCCAAGACGAAUUUUGUAAUGCAUGUUGUGCAGUUUUGUGCUUGUGUUGACACAUGCAAGAUUAGUUAUAAUUUGAGUUAGUUUGUUGCCAUAAACCUUGUUUAUGGUUCGUUUUUGAUAAAAACUAUAUAUUACGUAGCUCAAAGAAAAGCAAAUAUUUGUUCUUGACUUGAGGAGUAGGGAGUUCAGCAGUAGUCUAGGCUUGUGAAUUAGAAUUUGGUGGACCAAUUUAAAUUUGAUACUAUUACUAGAUGUGUGUUGGACGACACCUCUGA